AUGGCUAGGAAUGCAGAGAAAGCAAUGACCACGCUAGCGCGGUGGCGUGCGGCACAAGUGCAGGAGGCGGGCGGGCAGCGCGAACGGCGACCUUACCUCGCCUCGGAGUGCAAUGACCUCCAGCAGGCGGAAAAAUGGCGGCUGCAAAUCGUCAGGGAGAUCGCCAAGAAGGUCGCGCAGAUACAGAACGAUCAGCGGGAU